UGGCUAGGUUGGGACAGAUGGGACUUACUUGGGAGGUUCACACUUUUCUCAAUCGUUGGGUACGGAACAGCCUCGAAGCUACUGCUUGUUGCUUACGACGCCACAAUCAAAAUAAACUUCCUGAUAUCCGUCGGCGUGAUUUUCUCUCUCCUCCUUCAUGUCCCGAAUUUCGAGUGAUUCUAUUCUUUGUAGCACCCAACUCAAAAGUUCAAAAUUUCAUUACAUAAAUUACCCCCAAAACUUCCCCCUAAUUGCGAAAUUGUGGGAGUUGAAAUUUCUACUGGAAUUCGUCAAUUGAGGUACUUUUUCUGAUAUCCAUUUCACUAGUUUGUAAACUUGACCCAUUUCUAAUGAACAAUUUGAUCUCUCGGUUAAAUUUGUAAGCUACUGAAUGUUUGAUUUAAUUUUGCGCAAAAACCCAAGAUUGUGUGAUUAAUGAGCUUGAUUUAGUGGUUUAAUUGCAAUUUAUGACCUGGGAUUGCCCCCAAUUUGAUUGAAAAAGUAGGGUUUAUUGUUAUUAGAAUGGGGAAGCCAUUGAUAUAUGAGAUAUUGGAAAAGCCAGCUACUAGUUGUAUUAUAGCAAUUUGCAGUGCGAUUUGGUAUUACAUUCAAAAGAAGAACAUUGGGUAUUCACAGGUGGGAUUGAGCUAUGAAACUGCUCUUGAAGGGCAUCAUUGGAGGUUAAUUACAUCGGCUUUCGCGCAUAUUAGUGUGAUUCAUCUUGUGUUUAAUAUGAGUGCUCUUUGGAGUCUUGGGUCGGUGGAGCAAUUAGGUCAUAUGGGUCUUGGAUUUCAGUUUUAUCUUCAUUACACUCUUGUGUUGAUUGUAUUAUCUGGUGCUUUGGUGUUAUGGGCUUAUCAUAUUUUGAUUCAUAAGCUUAAGAUAGAGCAUUUUCGACGAGUGACUGCUGUUGGGUACUCCUGUGUUGUUUUCGGGUGGAUGACGAUUUUGUCUGUGAAGCAACCAUCUUCUAAGUUGAAUCUGUUUGGUCUUCUUUCUCUUCCUAUUAGUUUUGCACCGUUUGAGUCGCUUAUCUUCACGUCGAUCAUUGUUCCUCAAGCUAGUUUUCUUGGGCAUUUUUCAGGGAUUAUUAUUGGGUAUGCUAUUGGAUGGGGUUUGAUUAAUGGGAUGAACAAUUACUGGGCUUUGACAAUGUUAGGAUGGAUUGCUCUUGUUUUUGUUGGGAGUUUGAAGCGUUCUGGUGCUUACGACUUUGAGUUUCUUGAGAUUGAGCCUGUUACUGAUACUUCGCUGCCUACAGUUCGCUUUCUUGCUCCUGGUAAUGGUAGAACACUGCAGAUGAGUUCAGCACCAGCAGGAGGUGUUGAAUUGGUUUAAACUUUCAUCACCUGACAAUGUAUAUGAUUGGAACAAGUACACUAGAUAUUUAACAUGCUUGGCUGACUCCUUUUGAACAUGAGGUGGUUUCUUGUUGUGAUCCUUACAUGAUACAUUAUCUGGGAACCACGACAUUGUUCUGCAUUUGCUGACGCUUUAGGAAUGUACAACUUUCUAGUCUUCUUCUACCAGCCUGGAAAGAGACGUUAAUGACCUUGGUGGUGCAGUAUACCUAUGUUCUUUUAGCUCAUUCAAGGUCAGCUCUAAAUUGGAAUUCCAAUUUCUUUGUUUAUUGUAUGGCAAAGUAAUUGAGAGUUUGUAUUGGUGGGACAGUUCAGAUGAGUGAUUUGCAUCUUAUCUUUCUGCUGGGAAUUAGAGGGGAAAACAUUAUAAUAUUAUUCCAUGUAUUGCAAAUGAUACACCUUUUUGUACAUGAGACUUGUUGACUGGACAUAAUUAUUUAAGGAUUCCUGAAAUCAUUAUCA